AUGCAUGUCAACCCAUUACCGAAUUACUGUUCUACUAUUGUACCAACAAUCAAAAUUUUAUUUCGUAACGACGAAUUUUUGGUAGUUGAUAAACUUUACGAUGUAAGAAUUGAUGGAGAUAGUUCAAAAGGACAUACUGUAUUAUCAAUUCUUUAUAACCAAGAUCCAAAUUUACCAAAACCAUUACGAAAUGUUCAUCAACUUGAUCAUUCAACUUCAGGAUGUUAUUGUUUAGCAUUAACAAAAAAAGCAGCAGGAUUAGCUAGUGUUGCAUUUGCUAAAAGAAAAGUUGAAAAAUAUUAUUUGGCAAUUGUAAGGGGAUGGAUGAAAGAUGAUAGUUAUAUAGUUGAACAGCCAAUUGCUGAAGUUCCAAAUAAUCGAUAUCGAAUGUGUAUUGGAUCAAAGAAUAAUCCUGGAAAGAAAUUAAAAUAA